GGCAGCUCCUCGUCUUCCCCUUGGCGUCUCCAUGCCUCGGCACUGCCCCGGUGUCCUCCCCUCGCUCCGGGAGCAGUAACCAUGGCCGCAGUGGCCGUACUCCGGAACGACUCCCUGCAGGCUUUCCUCCAGGAUCGCACCCCCAGCGCCUCUCCAGACUUGGCGAAGCACUCGCCCCUGGCGCUCUUGGCCGCCACCUGUAGCCGGAUCGGACAGCCGGGCGCCGCCCCUUCGGAUUUCCUGCAGGUCUCCUACGACCCAGCUCUGGGAUCCCCAGCCAGGAUCUUCCACCCGUGGAGUAGCGAGAUGCCAGCCCAUUCCCCCGGGGGGCUCCCCCCUCCGCAUCCCAGCCUGGGGCUCACCCCCCAGAAGAGCCACCUGCAGCCUUCCUUCGGGGGCGCUCACGAGCUGCCCCUCACCCCCCCGGCUGACCCGUCCUACCCCUAUGAGUUCUCCCCAGUCAAGAUGCUCCCUUCCUCCAUGGCCGCCUUACCCUCCAGCUGCCCCCCGGCCUACGUCCCCUACGCCGCCCAGGCCGCGCUGCCUCCCGGCUACUCCAACCUGCUGCCCCCGCCGCAGCCCUGCCGGCAGCUCUCCCCCACCCCGGCGCCCGAGGACAUCCCCUGGUGGAGCCUCCAGCAGGCGGGGGCGCCGGGCGGCUGCAGCCACCGCUUCCCUGCCGCCGCCCUGCCCAGGAGCCUGGUGCUGGGCCCCUCGGACCUGGCCCAGUACCAGACGCAGAUCGCCGCCCUGCUGCAGACCAAGUCACCCCUGGCGGCCACGGCCCGGCGUUGCCGCCGCUGCCGCUGCCCCAACUGCCAGGCGGCGGCGGGCAGCGCCCCGGAGGCGGAGCCGGGCCGGAAGAAGCAGCACAUCUGCCACAUCCCGGGCUGCGGCAAGGUCUACGGCAAGACCUCGCACCUGAAGGCGCAUCUGCGCUGGCACACGGGCGAGCGGCCCUUCGUCUGCAACUGGCUCUUCUGCGGCAAGAGCUUCACGCGCUCGGACGAGCUGCAGCGGCACCUGCGGACUCACACGGGCGAGAAGCGCUUCGCCUGCCCCGAGUGCGGCAAGCGCUUCAUGCGCAGCGACCACCUGGCCAAGCACGUGAAGACCCACCAGAACAAGAAGCUCAAAGCCGCGGGCGACGGCGUGAAGCGGGAGGACACGCGGGGCCUGUGAGCCGGGUCCGCCGCCCGGCCCGGCCGGAGAGAUUCGGGACCCACCGCCCCGCCUGAGGGGCCCCCGAGCCCGGAGCCCUGGCCCGGGAGCCUGGAGGACCUGCGAUGCGGGCCCCGCAGCCCUGGGAGGGGCAGGAGCCGAGCCCAGGUCGGGGAGAGCGCUGGGCUUUGCUGCCUUCUCCCGGGGCGGGGGCUCUAGCCCUGGGAGGGCGCCCGAGGACCUGCCCCCGGCCCGGGAGGGCCCAAGCUCUGCGCCCCGGUGGGGCUCUAGGAAUUGGAGCCCUGCCCUGGAGGUACAGGGCCCCCCGGCGGCACUGCCCUGUGUACGUCCCAUUGUCCUAAGAAGCCCUUGGACAAGUCCCCUUCUCUGGCCCCAGGGCAAAGAUGCGGGAAAUACGUGACUCCUUUCCGCCUUGCUACUGGCAUCGGGAUCUUUCUGGCUGUGGCUCAGUGGGAGUGAAGUGCCAGCUGUUCCCAGCGCUCUGUCCCGCUCCCUUCCAGGGGGAGCUCUGGACGCAGGCUGGGCCGCAGGAUCACUCCCCCACUUUGGAAACGGGGUUACUUACAAUCGUCUGCUCUAAGCCAGUAAACAGGAGCAGCAGCGUUAGUCUGGGGACCUGGCUCUUGGUUCCUCGUUUCUUUCAGGGGAAGACACUGAACUUUUGUGUACAGGUUAUUUAAUAGCUUUGUUUGAAUAAAAGUGUUUUUCUUGUCCUUGGCUCUA